GGUGGGCUCGACAGCAAAGCGAAGCUCAUAGUGACUUUGGGAGUGGUGGUGGAAACAUAAUCUCACCGUGGACACUGGAACAAACAUUUUCGUUGUUAUUUCCCUUCUUCGGGUAUGGGUCUGCCCGAUUUUGUCCGCAGGGGCCGGUAGUAUGGUUGGAGUCGGGUUGGUGGUGUGGGAGCCGUGACAGUGAAGGCGCCCCCCUGCCGCCCGCCACGCCGCCCCCCCAGUCAUGCCGGGGGGCAGGAGGGGGCUCGUCGCCCCCCAAAACACCUUCCUCGAGAACAUCAUUCGCAGGUCUUCUUCGCAACCGGACUCCAGCUUCCUUCUGGCCAACGCUCAGAUCGUCGACUACCCUAUCGUCUACUGCAACGAAGCCUUCUGCAAGAUCUCCGGCUACAACAGGGCAGAGGUAAUGCAGAAGUCCUGUCGGUGCAGCUUCAUGUACGGGGAGUUGACGAACAAGGAGACCAUCACCCGGAUAGAACAGUGCCUAGAGAAUCAGCAGCAAGACCAGUUCGAGAUCCUGCUCUACAAGAAGAAUCAUGCUAGGCUGUUUUUUGGCCCUCCCAAGAAUAAAACGGACAGCGGAUUGCCAGGAACCCCACUAUGGCUUCUCCUCCACAUCGCCCCCAUCAAGAACGAGAAGGACAUCGUCGUGUUGUUCCUCUGCACCUUCAGGGACAUCACCGCCCUCAAGCAACCCAUCGAAGCAGAGGAUUCCAGAGUUUCGGACAGCACGGAGAGCUCAGGGGGCAGACAACCCACCAAAACCGGGCUGAGCAAGUUCGCCAAGCUAGCCCGGUCGGUCACCCGGAGCAGAUCAGUGCUUGUCACUCAGUUCUCGUCGCAUCUUCCAAUCAAAGAUGUCACCAAACAAUCCAACAUCACGCAUAGACUGAAACGACGUGAAUUUCUGCAGAUGAUGAGCCUGAACAGCGACGUAAUGCCACAGUACCGUCAAGAGGCUCCAAAGACACCUCCGCACAUCCUCCUACAUUACUGUGCCUUCAAGGCUAUCUGGGACUGGGUGAUCCUCUGCCUGACCUUCUACACGGCCAUUAUGGUGCCCUACAACGUGGCCUUCAAGUACAAGACUUCCGAAGACGUGUCCCUGCUGGUGGUGGACUCCAUAGUGGAUGUGAUCUUCUUCAUAGAUAUUGUGCUCAACUUCCACACCACCUUCGUGGGGCCGGGCGGGGAGGUGGUCUCCGACCCCAAGAUCAUUCGCAUGAAUUAUCUCAAGUCUUGGUUUCUAAUAGAUCUGUUAUCGUGCCUACCCUAUGACGUCUUCAACGCGUUCGACCACGAUGAAGAUGGGAUCGGGUCGCUCUUCUCCGCGCUAAAAGUCGUCCGACUACUACGACUUGGUCGCGUCGUCCGCAAACUAGAUAGGUACCUGGAGUACGGUGCCGCCAUGCUCAUCCUCCUCCUCUGUUUCUAUAUGCUGGUCGCCCACUGGCUGGCUUGUAUAUGGUAUAGUAUAGGUAAAAGCGACGCAGACAACGGCAUCCAAUACUCGUGGCUGUGGAAGCUGGCUAACGUCACCCAAACACCCUACACCUACAACUUCUCCACGGGCACCGACGGGACAGACACCUACGAACUCAUCAACGGUCCCAGUAAGAAGACCAUGUACGUAACGUCGCUCUACUUCACGAUGACGUGCAUGACGUCGGUCGGUUUCGGCAACGUGGCGGCCGAGACCGACAAUGAGAAGAUCUUCACGAUAUGCAUGAUGAUCAUUGCAGCCUUGCUCUACGCCACCAUCUUCGGUCACGUGACAACCAUCAUCCAGCAGAUGACGUCGGCGACGGCGAAGUACCACGAGAUGCUGAACAACGUCAGGGAGUUCAUGAAGCUGCACGAGGUUCCGAAGGCGCUCUCCGAGCGGGUCAUGGACUACGUGGUCUCGACUUGGGCGAUGACCAAAGGGAUCGAUACCAACAAGGUAGAAAACGAGGUACUGAAUUACUGCCCCAAAGACAUGAAGGCAGAUAUAUGUGUACAUUUAAACCGAAAAGUCUUCAAUGAACAUCCUGCCUUCCGUUUGGCGUCUGAUGGGUGUCUUCGGGCGCUGGCUAUGCACUUCACAAUGAGUCACUCGGCUCCAGGUGAUUUGCUAUUCCAUACCGGAGAGUCAUUGGACCAACUUUGUUUCAUCGUCACUGGAUCUCUGGAAGUGAUUCAAGACGAUGAAGUUGUAGCCAUCCUUGGGAAAGGGGACGUCUUUGGUGACACCUUCUGGAAGGACCCAACGGUUGGCCAGAGUGCGGCUAAUGUCCGUGCUCUCACGUACUGUGACUUACAUGCUAUCAAGAGAGAAAAGUUACUUGAAGUUCUUGAUUUCUAUCAUGCCUUCGCCAAUUCUUUUGCUCGGAAUCUAGUACUCACUUACAAUCUUAGGCAUAGGCUUAUCUUCAGGAAAGUGAGUGACGUCCGUCGGGAGAAAGAGUUGGCUGAGAGACGGAAACAUGAACCCCAGCAAGAGUUGAGCCAUGAUCAUCUCGUUAGAAAGAUAUUUUCCAGUGUCAGCGAACAAACUUGGAGAUUCCGAAGAGAUAAGGGCGGGACGGGAUCAGGAACACCAAACAGUGCCUCUUCAGAUAUUGUGGGAGGGAGUGGUCGAGCGAGAGAUCCUGAAAAGGGAUCCGGGGAGAGGUCGGAUACUGAUGUCGUCAGUACCUCUGAUGCCCUCAAGAUCCGUAGAGCGAAAUCAGCUUCAGCUGCAGAUAUGGCAAGAUUUCCCAGACGCUCAAGGAUAUCGGUUGUGAAAAUGCCACCCGCCCGAAUGAACAAUAUCUGCGAAACUAACGGCCCCAGAAAAUGGAAAAAUAUAUUCGGGAGAAAUGAAGCUGGUGAGAAGGGUGGGGGAGGAGGAGGUGGUGGUGGGGGAGGAGGGCCGGAAGAUGAGGGUUCCACAACCGACGAAUGCAACAAGAAGAACCUCAUGCAGGACGGUGUCAUACGAGGACUUGGGGUUAAGCACAAUACUAGUCUUUCAAAGACUCUUGGAGUGACCCCAAAGAGGGCCAAUAUUUCCUCUUCCACCACAACUUCCUCGGCCAACAACAACAACAACAACAAUAACAAUAACAACAGUGCAAAGGCAGUGGUUAAGAAGGAAACUCUUGCACUGGAGGGGAACACCAAGUUCCGCUUGAACAAACUGGAUUCCUCAGACUCUGGAGUUGGUCGGGACCAAAAGAAUAAGCUGCAAGACAGUGACUCGGGCAAUGUGACAGACUACAUAGCUCCCGUUACUCCUGUUGUUACUGCAGCAGACUGUCAACAAAUUAUCUCUAGUCUAAUGGACUUCAAGGUUGAUCUGAAAUUGGAAAUACAAAGAAUGAAUCAGAAGCUAACAAGAUUAGAAGACAACAUGACUGACGUCAUGACCAGAAUGAAUCAUGUUCAGAGAUCAGCUUCUCAACCAGUGAGUGUCCGACCAGUUAGUGAUGAGCCAGUGGCAGUGAGAACAACAACCCGUAGAGAAAAAGAUCGAGCUACCACGAGUGCUGGUGAUGUAGCCGCUGAUCCUGAAGACUCUAAGUCAUUUUUGCCAAAAGUGGCAGGAAAUGAGGAGCCUAGAAAACCCAAAAGAAGAGACAAAAAUAGAGCUAAAAGUGCCGGAACGCCUCGUACAUCUCCCACAGACUCUAGUUCUCCGACAGAUUCUAUGGUGCGGGGGAUGUUGGAGGAUGAGAUCCUAGAACAGGCCUCAUCUCCUCGUAAUGAAACUCAACCAAUUCCAAAAUCUCGUUCCAGAGAAUACCUGUGAGCUUCUUGGGGCUAGUAAAACUUGCUCCAAACUUAUCUCUUGUUCUAAGAGGUACAUUGCAACAGUAAUUAUACAGUAAUUAUGAGAAUGAAAGUAGGAACUCCUAAUUACGAAGUUCGUAGUGAAAAAACUAACAAACUGUUGGAGCAGCAAUGAGAUUGAGGCAUCAGUUUAUGCUUUGCGUUUUGCUGUUCACUUUUUUUAUGUUGAACAAAGUGGAAAUAAAGCAGUUGUUAAAAGCUACAGUAAUAAUGUACUGUUUUAGUACUUUUGCGAGAAGCCGUAUGGAAGAACUAACAGUUGUAUGCUGUUAGACUUUGGUGCAUAAUAUUAGGGAUGGAUAUUGUGCUCUCAGUAAAUAUUUUAGAUUCUAAGCACAAUGGUCCCUAACUUUUUGAAGUUAAUUAUUUAUCUUUGCAUAGCAUUUUAUGUGCAAUACAUAAUAGAACUGAAGCAGAUCCCACUAAUUGGUUAUCAGAAGAUUAAGUUUUUAUGUCAAGAGCAAGUUUUCCCCAACAUAUCAUUUGAGCUGUUUGUAUGUUAUGGCAGUAUACUUUACUUUAGAGCAACAAAAAAAAAGGUGUAUAGGGGUUAUCAAAAUGCGUUUGCAUUAUGACUUACUGAUUAUACUGUUCAGUGAAAUUGGGAAAAAACAAAAAUAUGGAAAGUCAACUCCUGACAGCCAUUUGAGGGUGGAUGGGUGUAUCACCCCGUAUGCCCAGCCCUCUCCUGUCGGAAAUGCUUCUUCCCUCUAGCUGAAAGAAAGAAAAUAAAAAUAAUAGCUUCGUUAUUUGUUACAGUUCUUUUGUUUUGGCAUAAAAUCUUGAGAAGCCUCUAUGAGGUAUUCAAGAGCCUAAGGGCAAGCAUAAGGGGGAAGUGUUCUUACAUAUAUUUUUUUUUUGGCAAUACUCAACAAAAUUAUUGCAUUCCAAAAGGAUUCUCGUUCGUGAACGUGAAAAAUACAGUUCAGCAUUUACACAUAAUUACCGUCCUGUUUGUUUUCUUUUUGUGUAAAUAAACAAUGUUGAGUGCGCGCGAGUGAUGUGUUUCAGAUCUCAUCGAAUCUGUACGAAGUUUCAUCGUAUAUUUUAGAUCAUAUAUUAUUUAAACAUUUGUUUUUUAUGCUGCAGUGGAAGUUUGACUAUUUAUAGUUCUCUUGAUGGUUGUUACUGUUCCAACUGAUCUGUGAUAACAAUGUUUAGAUAAUGAACAUGGCACUAAGAAUAUUACGCAGGGCCGACUCUCCACUUCUCCAUCUGGUCACUUUGCCUCAUCAAGUCAAGUCUAACCCUCCUAUGUGUACUGUAGUCUCCAGAUGUGCUUGCAUCCCAAGUAUUGCAUUGCUGUCUGUACUUUAUACUGUAUAUUUAAGACACUUUUUGGUGUCUCUCAUCAAGGGUAAUUGUAUAUGAAUAAAUCACUUCUCAGUAUCCAUCUCCAUUCUGAAUGUACAUUACAAAUCAGUUUCAUCUCUCAUCACUGUUGUUCAGCGUAAACCUUCAUUUGCAUUAAAAGUUGUAACACUCAAGUUUUUAUUGGUUUAUCCACUCUACCUCAGCAAACCAUUCCAGUUCUAACAUUCCUGACUGCCCUUGGGAAUUCAUUUUGCUGUUUGAGAAUCUACUUUCAAGUCUUGUAUUUAUUCAGCAUCAUUGUGACAGUUCUUCAAACAAAUCUUAUUUAUACA